UUUUAAACUUAGGAUGAUUUUGUGACAUUAUACGGGUUAUUGUCUCUUUUUGUUGUUUUGAUCGCGCUUGUUUAAUUGAAGCGUUCCCUUGAUCCCCAUUGAACUGUAUCGAUUAUUAUCUGUCGCAGCCGGUCAGUCACGAUGACAGUCACUGUGAUCAUCUGUAACUAAUGAAUGAACUGAAAACAUCUGACCUAUUAUACCAGAAACUGGCAGAUGUAAUUGUAGCCACUGUUAGUGUAUCGGUAUUGGACGUACUUGAACAAAUAUCCCGGAAGAAUCGAAGGUAAAUUGUUUAAUUUGACUCUUUUUAGCAGGUCGCAACCGGUCACUCGCGAUAUAACGCUUUAAUACAUGUGCUGUUAGAGGACAAGCGAUAAAGUGAUACAAAAUAGAACUACAUAGUUUCCAUCGUCAUGGAUUAUAUACAAACAGCCAGAUCAGUGGAAGAUCGUCUCCUGAGCUACAGAAAAGACGAGUCCGGAUGGAAAUCAUGCAAGAAAACUAAUGAUGUCGUGGUGUAUUGGAGACCCUCCUGUGAAUUCGCGGGAUAUGUGUAUAAGGGGGAAGGGAUCAUUAAUGGCAGUCCAGAGAAAGUCUGGGACUGCUUGAAACCUGAAAUCAAUGGACUCCGUGUAAAAUGGGAUGCAAAUAUAAAAAAGUUUGAGUUGCUUGAGCAGGUGUCUGCGGAUGUUUCAAUCUGUCGAACAGUCACACCUUCGGCUGCUAUGGGCAUUAUUUCACCUCGGGAUUUUGUUGAUGUCAUUUCCGUUAAACGCUAUGAGGAUGGCACAGUUUCAUCGAAUGCUACCAAUGUAACCCAUCCAAACUGUCCUCCUCAACCCGGCUUCGUAAGAGGUUUCAACCAUCCGUGUGGAUGUUCUUGCGUUCCUGUUCCAGGGGAACCAGGCAAAACCCAGCUGUUCAGCUUUUUCCAGACUGAUCUUGGAGGUUUGCUUCCUCGUUCGGUUGUUGAUUCAUUUUUCCCCACAAGUAUGGUGGAGUUUUACAGCAACCUGACCAAAGCCGUAAAAUCGCUGAAAUAGCACCAAUGGCGCUUUAUAGAUAAUACCCCCUUUUAAUCUAAAAUGUGAAUAUUUUAAUAAUUUGACUCACUUAAUUGCAUUUAAUCAAGCUUUAGUGGAAAGUGAAUUUACCUUUAGAUUUAUUCUUGAUUCUUCCAACUGCUACACGUGUUCAUACACAUUUGCACAGUGACCGUUUUAUAAGUACAGAGUACUGGAACGUUUUGUUUGCCAUAUUAUUUUAGAAAUUCUGAAAACUAGAUGAACUCUUGCACAAACAAAAAAUACAUAUUUACACUUAUGCGUUUGGCAGAUGCUUUUACAGGGUUUCUGCAGAUCUUAGUCUUAAUUUCCCAGGUGGAAAAAGUGCAGUUCCAUAAUGCACUUAAAGUGCUCUGU